GAGUGGGGGGUGUUCCCGCCAUAAAGGCAACCCGAAUCCUCUGCAAAUUUGUCGCUCCUCUCUUUCUCUCUCCUCAUUUCUCUCUCUCCCGUUACCGGACUUGUCUCUCUCUCUCUCCUCUCUUAUAAUAAUUUGAGGAGGAUGGACUACUGUCUCUUUUGUAUCGUUAUAGAGAGAAGAAAGUUAAUGGCUUUUAGAGAGAGAGAGAGUAGAUAAUUGACCCGAUGAAAUUCAGUAGAAAAUCAGAGUGAAUUGGGUGCUGGUUUUGAAGUUUUAGAGAAAGAAAGAGGAGAGAAAACAAUCAGAGUGAAUUGGGGGCUUUUUAGAGGGAGGAGAGAUGGUUAGAGAAGAGGAAGAAGAGAUUGAGGAUGAAGUUUUGGCUCCACCGCCAUGGCUCGAUGGGUUGGUGAAAGGGAGUUUCUUCACACCGUGUGCGUUUCAUGAAUCCAGAAAGAAGAAUGAGAAGAAUGUUUUUUGUUUGGAAUGCUGUGUUAGCCUGUGUACGCACUGUAUCUCAUCGCAUCCGCCGCACCCAUUUUUACAGGUUAGAAGAUAUGUGUAUCAUGAUGUUGUUCGACUCGAUGAUUUGGAGAAGCUCAUUGACUGCUCUCGUGUACAGCCGUACACGAUUAACAACGCAAAGGUCAUAUUUCUGAAUCGGAGGCCACAAACUAGGGCAUCGAAGGGCUCAAAUAACAUCUGUCUCUCCUGUGAUCGCAUGCUGCAAGACCCUUACAGCUUCUGCUCUCUCUCCUGCAAGGUCGAUUUUCUGGUCCAUCGAGGAGAGGACUUAUCGAGCGUUCUUUACAAGUACAGAGACAUUCAUUUCGCAUUUGCUCAGUUCGAGGGUUUAAGGAUGGAUGGACCAGAGGAUCACAGUAACCCUAGUUCAGUGCUCGAAGAUCCCGCCAUGGCCGGAAACCACUCCGGUUCAGCUGAAGAAGAUGGAGGCGUCGUCGAUCAAAAUACAGCGAGCUCCGCCGAAACGCCAGACCUCUCUAAAAAGAGAGGCUUUCUUAAGAGGAGCUUCGCUCCUUUUCUGAGGAGGAGGAAGGGUCACCCUCACAGAGCCCCCUUUUCUUAAACCCUAAUAUCGCCAUAGCCAUUACUUCCUCUUCCUCGACCUCGUUUUAUUUUUCUUAUUUAAAUUCGAUAUUUAUGAGAUAUUUUUGGUUUCAUGAUUUUACCGCCACCAUCGGAGUUGCAGAGAAAUUGCAGGGAAUUGUGGCAGUUAUCGUUUCUCUUUUCAUGCGCAACCCCCGUUGUUAGGAGUUCCAUACACAAACUAUGUAGUACCUUCCAGGCUUGCUAUGAGUCGCUGGUGUAUGAAGCAGCUUGGUGUGUGUACCGUCAGCUUCGUUUCAUAGCGGCCAAUUUUGUCUGGUUUAUGGAGGGUUUAUUUAUAGUAUUUGUAAACCUGAUGUCAGUUUUAUUUAACGAAGUUGUAUCUUUCUUUUUCAUUCU